GGUCUUAGUAGUACCACACCAAUAGUUUCUGUUUACUUGCAUAUUUCUGCUUUGUCAUUGAGAAUUCUAGAUUCAUUGCAUAAGUUAAAUCCAAACGUUCAGGUGCUCGAGUCAUGCAACUCAUGUCCAUCGUUUCACUUCUACAAGGCAUUAUGGUUACUUAGUUGAAGCCUAUAUGUUUCCAAGGAAUCGUUGGGAAGAACCAACAUUCGCAGCUUCAUCACACUCGCAUGGACUAUCAAGUGGUAUAUGUAUGCAACCAGUGUUGAAUACUCGGGGAAAUAAUAAAGCUUGAAUAUCGAAGCUUAUAGAUCCAAGCAUGAGUUGAGUCAUUCGGUCUAGAAUGAAUGACUGUGGAAGAGUUUCAUUGUCAUGACUAUCUUCGAGUAAUGAUAACUGGGUUUCUUCUCCGUGAAACUUCAACUUAAGGCCCCCUUCCUGCUCCACCUCCCCAUACUUCACAAUCAAAACAUUUUAGAAGCCAAAGCCAACAUAUCUUCGAAUAUCACUACCAGAACAGUCUUCCAAAUUACUCUCUUAUUAAAGAACAACUCAACCCUCUCCUAACGAAAAAUCUCAAACAUUCGCAACAGAACUGCAUUUUGAAGUCAAGAUGCCCUCCGCCGCCAAGCUUUUCCAAGUUCAGCUCACUGAGGAUGCGCGAGAGAAAAGCGAACGCCAGAAAGUCUUGACCGUAAAGCAAUGUCUAAAAGACAGUUUUAAAAGAGAAGACCAGAGAAUAGCCGAAAUGGCCGCGAGAGAUGGACGAACUGGCUCCAGCUCUGGCUCCAAAAUGUCAACAACUACGCCGGGAUCGAAAGAGCCCGGCUCUAUAUCAGAUGCUUCUUAGAUUGAACGUUCGAUCUAUGCAACAUUUUGAUUCUCACAUUUGGCUAUGUAGCCCACUUCUAUCACUUGAAUCAAGUAGCCUCCCCGCA